CAGUGAUAGUGGGAUGGGUUCGGUCUAAUAAACAGGGACAGCGGUAUGCGUUAAUACAAAGUAGUGUUUUCGGACAGCUCGGGGGUUGCUGUGCGAAACCGCCCUGCAGAGCACGUUGCUGCUGGGAGCGCGCGCAACCGUAGAUCCCUCCUCUGAUCUGGAAGUCGCGCUGCUGCGAGGACUCAACCUCUGUUCCUCCAGCAAACUAAGCAUGUAAACAAACCAUCUGCUGCUGUGGGAGACUCCGAAGCCCCCCCACCACCACCGUCACCCCCAUCCUUUCCUUUCUCAUCCACCCCUCAUCGACCGAGCAUCAUGAGUCUGGUUCUGCACGAGCUUCUGCUCUGCUGCCGUGGGCUGGAGAAUGACAAAGCCACGGAAAGGAAGAAGGAGGUGGAGCGCUUCCGGCGGCUGAUACGAUCUCCCGAGACCGUGGAGGAGCUCGAUCGCUUUUCCGCCAACAGAAGCUCUAACUCCCGACAGCUCACCUGGGAUGCUGUUUUCAGGUUUCUGCAGCGGUACCUUCAGAAGGAGACUGAGUCCCUGCAGUCUGGCAAAGCCAACGUCUCCUCCUACACGCAAGCCAGCCGCCAGAAGAAGAUGCAGGAGAUCAGCAGCCUGGUGAAAUACUUCAUCCGGUGUGCGAACAAGCGAGGCCCACGGCUGAAAUGCGCGGAGUUGCUGUCACAUGUCGUAGAGGUGCUGCGUGGAUCCUUCACCUGCAGCGCCUACGGCGAGGACUACAGCAGCAUCUUGCUGAAGGACAUCCUGUCCAUCCGCAAGUACUGGUGUGAGAUCACCCAGAGCCAGUGGCACCAUUUGCUGGAUUUGUACUGUGACCUUUUCAAUGGAUCUUCUCGAGCUAUCAACCGGGUCCUGCUGAGCAGGAUCAUCCAUACCGUGGUCCAGGGAGUGUGUCUCCAAACAGAAGGUCUAACCAACACACUCUUCAGCUUCUUUUCCAAAACCUUGCUCCAUGCCAGGCAGGAGAAACAUCUCACUGUCCUGGAGCACCUGCUCUCCGCCCUGAACAUCUUCCUGAGGACCUCGGCCAUGAACUGCCGGAUUCGAGUCUGCUGGCUGGGAGAGGAGCUACUCCCCUCAAUCCUCUACAUUUGGGCCCAGAUGCGGCCCAGCCCUGUGCUCAAGGAUGAAAUUGUGGAGUUCUUCAGCUUGCAGCUACGUGUUCACCACCCCAAGGGGGCAAAGACAGAAGACACAGGCGCUCAUGCUGAGGACUGGACUAAAUGGAAGAAUCUCAUGUACAACCUUUACGAUGUCCUUGUGGGUGAAAUCAGCCAAAUCGGCAGCAGAGGGAAAUAUGUCACUGGAUCACGGCACAUUGCAGUCAAGGAGAACCUCAUUGAACUCACUGCAGAUAUCUGCCACCAGCUCUUCAGCCAGGACACACAAGUGCUCGAGGUCACUCAGGCCCACUUGAAGGUCACCCAGCGUGAAAGUGUCCAGGGGACCCCCAGCAAACGGCGACGCGUUGAGCUUGGAUGGGAAGUUCUCCGGGACCACUUGCAGCCAUCUCAGAGUGACUUUGACAUCAUUCCGUGGCUUCAGAUUACUUCUGUCUUGGCCUCCAAGUACCCGUCUCUCCUGCCAGAGGAGGAGCUGGUGCCCCUGCUGUCGUCACUUUGCCAACUGCUGUUGGAGCAGCGGCGGGGGGAGCGGGGACCCUAUGUGCUGCGCUGCCUGAAGGAAGUGGCACGUUGUCAGGCCCUGCACAGCAAACACGCCCAGGCGCCAGAGAUUCGCAGGCUCUGGGGUCGCAUCUGGGCUCUGGCGGCACGUGGCGUCGGCUCGCACCAGACAGAAGCCCUCAGCCUGGACCUACUGCGCACCAUCAUCCAAGGAGGGCUCAUUUCUGUCGACAGAGAAUUCUGGAAGCUCUUCACUGGCACAGCCUUUAAACCCUCCAGCAACGCAGCUCUGUGCCUGGCCCAGGCCUUGCUGAAAUGUAGGCUCCCAAAGAGCGGCAACCCAGGCCUGGGGUACGUAGCCACUGCCGAGGGGUGCGGACCACCCAGCCUCAAGGAGUCCAUCAUUGGCUGGCUAUUGACGAAGGACCAGAGUGAAGACAUGGAGGAGAGUUCCAAGCCCCACCUAAUCGUGUGCAGGGAUUUUCCAGAUCGACUCAUUCCAAGAAUUCUCGUCCCCUUGACAUUCAAAGACACCAGGUCCGGCAUGCUCUUUCUUCUGGGGUCUCCAGCUUCCGGGAGUGUCUUCUCCCAGGACCAGCCGUCAUCCGAAGGCGAACGUGGCUCGUUCGAUAUGGAGAGCAUGUACCUGCAGUUCACCUUCGAUGAGGUCCUCCCGUGCCCUGCGGCCAAAGGGACCUCCCAUGUGGCGGGCUCCUCGGACGGCAAGGUCACCGUUGUGCAGGCUCUCAGAGACAAAGUGGAGAAGGACCUCCUGUCCGUGGCCGACCAGCUUCUCAACUGUUACUCUCCCGAUUCACAGAGUCCUCCAGCGGAGUGUCUGGUUAGAUGCUGUGUCUUGCUUACUGGCGUCCUGGGAGGGUACAUGUGCACUGGGCUUCUCACCGAAGAUGAAGCUUACAGGUCCCUGCUCUUCCAGAAGGCCAAGUCUUUAAUGCAGCAUCUUAGCGAAUACGUCGCUACAGUGAGGAGCAAGGUUGCUGACUGUGCCUCUGUCUCUGCUCUCAAGACCAUCAUGCAGUUGUGCUCAGAUGCCAUCAGCAAAGGGAGCAAUGACAGUAUGAACUUAACCUCCUGCAGCUUGUUCUUAAGAGUCCUGCCAUCCAGGCUGAUGACUGAACUGACAAAAAUAUGCAAAAUAACGCUGACAAACUCGUGUAAACGAGGCAGCGUUGUGGUGGAGGAGGAGCGCAUGGAGGACGAGUUGGAGGCAAGUCGAUUUCCGGCGGAGGGGACGGUUCACGUCGACCUGUUUGACGACGGGGACACGAGCAGCAACAGCACGAGCGCAGACAUCAGGCACGGCGUGGAGAACAGUGAUGCGCAAACCUGCACAGGAGUCCGCAGUGCGCUGGCAGAGGAGCUCCUGGCCGAGAUGGACCUGGCCCUGCUGGCUGUCCUGCGGUUCCUAGCCCAGUGCGCGUCCGCAGAGUUCGCACACGGGCUUUUGUUCGGGCCUCCGGACGUUCGCCGCCAGCUGCUCCUGCUCGUCGAUCAGAUGGACCCCAACAAGCCGCUGCACUUGAACAUGUACCUCACCUUGCUGAGCAAACUACCAACAGACGAUACACCUUUAACAGCUGAAGAAUUUGAUUCGCUCUUAAAUCCUUUGGCGGAUUUAUGUUCCUUGUACCGACAAGACCAGGAGAUUUGUGCCGCCAUCCUGCUGGGACUCAUCCCUUCCAUCCGCAACCUAAGUCGAGCCCAGGGCCAGGCUGGCGAGAUGCAACACGUCCACGGAACUCUGCUCAAAGUGAUCUCUGGAUUCUGUAUCCUGGGCCGAAGCGGGAAGUGCACGGCGCCUGUGAGGGUCACCUUGGUCCACUGCUUGGUGGCGCUGUUGGAGGCGGACCCGUGCUGUAUGUGGGCUGUUCUGACUCUGCGGGACGAGGAGAUGCCUGUGUCCGCCGUCCUCCCUUCCCACCUUGCCGACUCCAACCAUCACGUCCGUAUGCUGACUGCCAUGACGGUGGACAGACUCUUCCUGGAGGUGGCGGCAGACAGCCCUGGAAGCAAGAAGAUGCUUCCACUGAAAAUGCAGCAGACCGCAUUUGAGAACGUGUACCUCAGAGCGCAGGAGGGAAUGAGGAGGAAGGGAGGUACAGCAGAAGAGAAGCGGGACGAAGUGUUUAACCGGCGGGCCACCCUGCUGAAGAGCAUCUCAACCGUGCUUAUCUGCAGCCCAGUGUGCGAGAAGCAGGCCCUCUUCGCCCUCUUUCAGUCCCACAAGGAGAACGUGAUUGAGGAGAGAACCAUCAAGAAGGUGCUGGGCAGCGUGGCUCGGACCCUGGGCUACAAGAGCCCGGAGAGCUUGGUGGGCUCCCACUUGGACUACCUGGUUACCGAGUGGCUGAGACAGAGGCAGACAAACCCAGACUACACCCUGCAGUCCUUUCCGUUCUCGUUGCUCAACCACGCCACCUUGGAGGACUUCUAUAGAUCCUCCUACCAUGUCCUGGUGCCACAUCUGGUGUUCCUGGAUGACUUUGAGCAGGUCAAGUCCAUUGGCGCUCAGCUCAAGAUGGACUGGAAGCAACUGCUGGCAGACUGCUUUCCGAAGAUCAUGGUGAACAUCCUGCCCUAUUUUGCCUUCUCGGGGUCUGACAGCCAGGUGACCCUGCAGAGGGAUACCGCCCACCGUGUGUAUGACUUGCUGAAGGAUGCCAGCUGUCUGGGCAAACAGCAAAUCGACAGUCUCAUUCAUAGCAACCUGGCAGAUAUUGUGGUGGAACUCUUGAUGACCCUGUAUGAAGGGACGGAACAAGGGGCUGGAGAUGAAGGAGAGCUCCAGAGGUUUAUUGGAGAGUUGGACCCCGCACCGAACCCACCGUACUUCAACUCUUACGUGAUCAAAGCCACCCUGGACUACCUCAGCAAGUGUCACAGCUCAAACCUCAAAUCGCUGGUGGCCAUUCUCUCGAAAACACCGGUUUCCAUCCAGAAGGUCCUGUUUGCAAUUUGCCGGAGAGCAACGGAGACGACCAACGCCUACGAGAAGCACCGCGUUCUGCUCAUGUACCACCUCUUUGUGAGCCUCCUGUUGAAGGAGGUGAAGGACGGGCUGGGAGGCGCCUGGGCUUUCGUCCUGAGGGACAUCAUCUACACGCUCAUCCACCACAUCAACAGCAGGUCAAGAAGGGCCGGGCCGGCCCAGCUGGAUGAGGUGUCCGCCCGCAGUUUCACCCUCUGCUGUGACCUGCUGACAUCUGUAUGUCGGACCGCCGUGCAGUUCUGUGGGGACGCUCUGGAGAGCCACCUGCAGGUCAUCGUCGGCACUCUCACCGCGCAGGUGAUCGAUCACUCAGCUGCCUCUCAGCAGGUCUUUAGCCUGCUGACCUUCCUAGUGGUGGACAACCAGGACUACGAGCACCUGAAGCAGGCCGUCCGGCGCCUGGAGCCCUUCCCGGACCAGCCCGCCUUCCAGAAGUUAAGAACCAUGCAGCACACGCUGAAGUACCGCAAGGGGACCUUCACCCUUAGACAGGAGAUUGACCAUUUCCUUGCGGUUUCAUCCUGUGAUGCUCUGCCCAUGACCAGGCUUGAGGGGCUGAAGGACCUGAAGAGGCAGCUCCGCGCCCACAAGGGGCAGAUAAAGAAUCUUCUCUGGGAAUGCCAAGCUCACCCUGCAGAGAGUGUCCUGGUGAGGCUGGUGUUGAACCUGCUACAGCUUUGUAAACUGGCAGCCAACGACCCUGGGGGAAGGGACGUUUUGGAGGCUGCUGGCAGUUGCCUCGGGGAGUUGGGGCCCCUGGACCUCUCCACCACCGCAUUGCUCCGUGGGAGAGACCACGUUCACUCUCAAGCGGUGGAGCUCUUCUCAGAUAUUGAACAUCAGUGGAUCUUCAUCAUCUUCAACUGCAUCAACAAUGCACUGAUUCACCCCAGCAUUCAGGUGAAACAGGCUGCUGUACAGUGCCUCACAGCCAUUCUGGCCACACGAUGUGGGGCUGAGUUCUGGGAGUCACACAAAAACAACAAUGACCCUAUGUUGGUAUACUUCAACCCCUUCCGAUCAGCCAGGAAGAAGCCCCUGGAAGUGAGUGCCAGGCCACGAACCCAGGACCUGCUCGACAGCUCGGAGCUCUGGGUGUCUCAGAACGGUCAGCUUAAUACCUGGCUGACGUCCCUGUGUGUGGCGCUGCUGGACAGCGGCGGAGUUACGAACGAGGCGCUGCUGCUGUCACGUCCCCUCUGUGAGGUGCAGACAGACUUCUGCCAGAAGGUGUUACCCCUGCUCAUCCACAACAUCCUGCUCCACGACCCCGACGGCUCCUGGAGGGACCUCCUGUCCGGUCACAUCCGGGACUUUUUCACCUCGUGCUCCAGGGCAGCCUUCGCUUCCAGCCGCUCCACCACGCCCCUCCUUACAGACUCCGCAGACUCAGAUGUCUCGAACCAGGGCUCACUGGAUAGAGCCUCGCUGCGCACGAUGCUGUCAGUCAUCGAUUACCUCCGACAGCAGAAGAGACCUUUGGAGCCAAACAGCACUUCCUGCGGGACGGUGUGCCACUCAAACUUCUGGCUGGAGCUCAACUACCUGGAGGUGGCCAGAGCGGCCCAGUGGUGCUCUGCCCACUUCACGGCGCUGCUGUACUCUGAGAUCUACGUGGACAAGAUCCGGUGCAGCACUGAAGACGACGACAGGACUCAGUCUAAAUCCUCACGGAGAAUCCUAUUUGAAGAGAGUAGCCAGAACUUCACCAUUACUAGCCUGAGCGAGAGAGGCAUUGAGGACUCUGGGAUCAGCCUCCAGGACCUGCUGAUUGAGGUGUACAGGAGUAUUGGGGAGCCUGACAGCUUAUAUGGGUGCGGCGGGGGGAAGAUGGUCAAUCCCCUUACAAGGAUCAGGACCUACGAGCACGAAGCCCAGUGGGGGAAGGCCCUAACCUCCUACGACCUUCACUCUAACCUCCCCGAGGUGACACGGCAAGUGGGCAUCCUGGAGGCAUUGCAGAACUUUGGCUUAUGCAGCAUUCUGGAGACCUACCUGCGUGGCCUGGAGAGCGAGGGGGCAGAUUGGGGGGCUGAGUUGUGGGAGAAGAGGUUCCAGGCAGCCUGGAGGAAUGGACAGUGGGAUUGCGACCUGUCCGAGAGGAAUGAGAAGGUGGAUCCCGGCUUCAACGAGUCAAUAUUCAGUGCCCUUCAAGCUCUGAGAGAUAAAGAAUUCUCUGCAUUUGAUCAAAUACUGAAAUAUGCCAGGGUUUCUGAGGUUGAGGAGCUGUGUCGAGGCAGCCUGGAGGCAGUUUCCUCCCUGUAUCCUGCUCUCUGUAACCUGCAGAGAAUCAGCGAGCUGGAGAGCGUCGGUAAUCUCUGCUCAAGGAAUGUGACAGAUGAUGGUUUAGACGAGCUGUUCAGCGGCUGGCAGCAACACACCCAGCUGCUGACUGACAGCGACUUCAGCCUUCUGGAGCCCAUCCUGGCUCUACGCACCGUGGCCCAGGGGAUACUGAUCGGACAGGAGCAGAACACAGACAGAAAGGAGUACCUGCACACGGCACUGGCCUCUCAUCUCAUGGAGCUGUGCAAACUGGCCCGGACGGCGGGAAACACCCAGCUUGCAGAGAGGACUGUCUGUCAGAUCAAGCAGCAUGGCCGAGGAGAGCAUGGGGCAGGGACGUCGCCAUGGCAGCUGGAGGAGGCCCAGGUGUUCUGGGUGAGGAAGGAACAGAGCCUGGCGCUGGUCAUCCUUAGGCAGAUGAUUGACAAGCUGAGCAAUCAGGUGAUGUUUAACCCUGCUCUGGUUCCAGUGUUAGCAGAGUGUUUGAGACUUUGUGGCAACUGGCUGGCUGAAACUUGCCUGGAAAGUCCAGGAGUUAUCCUGGAGAAAUACCUGGAAAAGGCGGUGGAGGUGAUUGAGGACCACAAGAGUGGGACCAAUUCUCUGCUCCAGAGCCAGAAGACCCAGGCGUUUCUGUCGCUGGCCCGCUUCUCAGAUGCACAAUACCAAAGCAUCGAGAACUACAUGAAGUCGUCUGAGUUUGAGAACAAACAGGCCCUGCUACAGAAGGCCAAGGACGAGGUGGACCUCAUGGCAGAGCGCAAAGUCAACCCAAACAGGUACACAGUGAAGGUGCAGCGAGAGCUGGAGCUGGAUGAACGCGCCCUGGCCAACCUGCAGGCUGACCGUCUGCGCUUCCUCUGGAAGGCUGUGGAGAACUACAUCUGGUGCCUGGAGCUGGGCGAGGAGCACGACACGUGGGUCUUCCGACUGGCCUCCCUCUGGCUGGAGAAUUCUGAUGUCAAGGACAUCAACGAUAAGAUGAAGGAGGGUGUGAAGAAGAUCCCAUCUUACAAAUUUAUCCCGCUGAUGUACCAGUUGGCGGCUCGCAUGGGCACCAAGAUGUCAGGGGCGGCAGUCGACACUGGGUUCCAUGACGUCCUCAAUGAGCUCAUUUGUCGCAGCUCUCAUGACCACCCUCACCAUACCCUCUUUAUCAUCCUGGCUCUGGUCAAUGCCAAUAAGGACGAAACCUUUUCCUCCAGUCGGCUGAGAAAGAGCACCCCGCGGCAGCCUUCCCAGCUGGACAAGGAACGUUCAGAGGUAGCCUCCAAGAUCAUUAAUGUGAUCCGGAAAGAAAAGGCUGAGUUGGUUCGAGGCAUCGAACUUCUCUGCAACGCUUACAUUACUUUGGCUUACAUGGAUGCCAGUCGCUAUAAAAAUGAGAAAACCAUCCCUAUUCCGUCCGAUCAGCCCAUUACGAAGAUCAAGGAUCUGGAUGAUGUCGUCAUUCCAACCAUGGACAUCAAGGUUGACCCUUCAGGGAAGUAUGACAACCUGGUGACCAUCAAGUCCUUCAAGCCGCACUUUCACCUGGCUGGUGGGGUCAACCUCCCAAAAAUCAUUGACUGUGUGGGCUCGGAUGGCAAAAGCAGACGGCAAUUAGUUAAGGGACAGGAUGACCUUAGGCAGGAUGCAGUCAUGCAGCAGGUUUUCCAGAUGUGCUCCAUGCUCCUCCAGCGCAACGCAGAGACACGCAAAAGGAAGCUUAACAUACGCCAAUACAAGGUGGUGCCCUUCUCCCAGCGCAGCGGCGUUCUGGAAUGGUGCUCAGGCACUGUACCCAUCGGUGAGUUUCUGGUCAACCCCCACAAGGGUGCCCACCAUCGUUUCCGGCCCAAUGACUGGAGCAACCUGGACUGUCGGAAGAAGAUGAUGCUUGUUCAUAAGCAAGGCUUCGAUGGCAAAAUGCGGGCCUUCAGUGAGGUGUGCCAAAAUUUCUGCCCCGUAUUCCGCUACUUCCUUAUGGAGCGGUUCCUGGACCCUGCGGUGUGGCUGGAGAAGCGGUUGGCCUACACACGCAGCGUCGCCACUUCCUCCAUUGUGGGGUACAUUGUCGGACUUGGUGACAGACAUAUUCAGAACAUCCUGAUUGACGAAGAGACCGCCGAGCUGGUGCACAUCGAUUUAGGUGUUGCCUUUGAACAGGGCAAGAUUCUGCCCACCCCAGAGACGGUACCUUUCAGGUUGUCCAGAGACAUUGUGGAUGGAAUGGGAAUCACUGGUGUCGAAGGAGUUUUCAGAAGAUGCUGUGAAAAGACCAUGGAGGUCAUGAGGAAUUCUCAAGAAGCUUUGCUCACAAUAGUGGAGGUGCUACUCUAUGACCCCCUGUUCGACUGGACCAUGAACCCCCUGAAGGCCUUUUAUCUACAGCAGCAGCAUGAGGAACAGGCAGAGCUCAACGCCACGCUCAAUCCUACCCUGGGUGGUGAGGAGCUUGAGGCCCCCCGCAAGUCCAGUGACACCCAAAGCUUCAACAAGGUGGCUGAGCGGGUGCUGCUCCGGCUCCAGGAGAAGCUCAAGGGGGUGGAGGAGGGCACAGUUCUCAGCGUUGGGGGACAGGUGAACCUUCUUAUCCAGCAGGCUAUGGACCCCAAGAACCUGAGUCGUCUCUUCCCAGGCUGGCAAGCCUGGGUCUAGAGCUCACACAGAGAACCCUCACCAUUCUUCUGAUAUGUCAACAGUACAGAAAGUCUCUCUAUGCACAUACUGUUUCCUACUAGAAUACCCAACCCCAUCCAGUGGAACACAGGACACCCAUUUCCGGUAAAGGAUCAUCCAUGAGAUAUAGUGACUUUUUACUUUUUUGCAUCCUGCAUCAAACUCUAUUAGAGAAACUACAUACAAUUCAACAUUCUGUAUACCAUGCAGUAAAUUAAAUAAGACUUUGUUCACUUGCUCUUACCUUUUGGCACAUCUGGCAAGUCACCCAGACAUUAGUGCCAGUACUGUUGGACUCAGCAUUCAAUGAUGAUUGUAGUGAGCCCAAAUGUCACUGGGAUUGUGUGCUAGUUUAUAAAUGUUCCAAAGUAUAUUUUUUAACGUUUAUUCUUUCUGUCUAUUUGUUCUGUUGAUUUUUAUUCAGGCAAAUUCCUGAAACUUGGCUUUUAUGUCAAAUAUAAAGUCAUGCCACCAAAGAAAAAACCUUGUUUUUAUGUUUGCCUGUGUUUGAACAUUGGGAAUUCAAGUAUAUGAAUCUAAAAAAACCAAAUACCUGUUUAAUUGGAAGAACUUAUUUUUUUUAGUGCAACCUGAAUGCUUCCAGGAUUGAAUUUGA